AUGAUAGAAGACUCUUCCCGAGGCGGUUCAUGGACGCCUCCGAAUACUCCGUCCCCGUCAUCCAUCUUGUACAAAAAGGAUCAUGACGAAGUCAACAACAUACUAGUGGCGAUUCUCGCUUUACGCUGGAUCUAUACUGGCCAAUAUGAGACUUUUGUGACUUCACAGCCCGCCGAAGCUCAAUUGACAAGAGCCUCGUUUGAUUGGAUUCGGACAUUUUACAAACAGAAUAUUGUCGACGGCGCCUCUCUUUUCACAUUGAUCACAUCGGUCAUCAUCGGUGCCCUAGGAAAAGAUCCACAGUUAGCAUCCGAUUGCUGUGCGCAGACUGGCGCGAAUGUCUCGACUCUCAACUACAAUACAGUUCUGCAUGAGGCUUGCAAAGCCGGCCUGGUCCAGAAGCUAGAAAGACUCGCCGAUCAAGAUAGAUCCGAUGUUCUUCGUGGAACCGAGCUUGGUGUCGCUUUCAAUUUCGGUCAGUUGGCACAGGCAGAGAAUGUUCCGGCUUCUCUGGCCGGCUUACUGAGAAUGCGAAGCCAUGAUCGCAGUUUCAAGCUCUACUUUAUGAAAGAACUGCUUGACAUUUCUGGUGCCUUAGGACAUAUGAGCUGGACAUGUGCGAGGAAACUCACUCAGCCUAUCUUUGAUUCAUACUGCAAUGUUUACGACGCAUGCGAAGGGAUCAUUUCCGGUGAUCUGACUGUUCGCAGUGGGUAUGACUUGGUAUUGAGCCGGAAGGCAGAGUCACUUCGUGAUCAAAAUGUGCGGGUAUACUAUGUGAAAGACCGAGUCGAGGACCGCGCCUUGAUACGAUUGCUUUGCAUGGGCAAUGUCGUUACGGCCGACAAGGCUUUCCUCUACGAAGGGGCUUGGCGUGCCUUGGAGGACCCGAUCAGGGAGACCCUUGUGCGUGGUCUCAAUUUGGACGGUAAGAGAAGUGAGCCUGCUGUCAUACCGACGCACAUGUCUGCAUUUCUCGACCAUGUUAGAGACGAGAACGCAUUGGUCUGCACAUUACGGUAUCUUGCUCAGAUACUGAGUGCUACUGAUGUGGGCGAUCCUUUGGCUGUGGUUAUUGAGCGAAGAGUUGACAUGGUACUUAAGCAAGUUAUCGAGAGCAAAGAGUUCAAGGAAGACCCGUCAAUCUUGGAGAUGGUUGAUGUGCCGGACAGCGUGGUUGCUUUGACGACUGCUUCACUUUGA